UCAAUAUGGUAUAGUGUAGACUAAAGUCUGAACGCUGAUCUCGAUGUAUGUACAUUUUGAUGUUUUAAUGCCGGUGCACCAGACUCAUUGAUAUCCUGACUUCCACAAUGACAACAUCUGCUGAAUACAGAUAUGAGGUUGAUGACUUAACAGUUACGGAAGAGAUGCGCAGGGACUUUCGACAAUUUGGAUACAUUAUGGUCAGAAACUUUUUCGAUUCUGAUGACUUGAGGCAAGUGAAACAGGUUAUUGAAGACAAUGACGAAAUCGUUAAGAGAGCGUUUGGGGUUUCUGACGGUGCUGGCCGGGAAAGCAAAAUGUGCCUUUGGAAUCAUCCGGGAAAUGACGUCACAGGGAUGGUGUCCAGAUGUGAGAAAACUGUCAAUACGUGUGAAGGGCUAUUGGGCGGGGAAGUCUAUCACUACCACACCAAGCUGAUGAUGAAAAAUCCUCGUACCGGCGGUAGUCAUCUUUGGCACCAGGACUACGGGUACUGGUACAAGAACGGGUGUCUCUUUCCUGACAUGAUGACUGUAUUUAUUGCCAUUGAUAAAUGUGUGAAGGAGAACGGAUGCCUCCAGAUACUACGAGGAUCACACAAGUGUGGACGAAUAAACCACGUAAUGGUGGCGGGUCAAACUGGUGCUGAUGUUGAACGAGUCGAAGCCAUACAAAAUUCCGGACAGUGUCCGCUGGAGAAAGUCGAAAUGGAACCUGGGGAUGCGCUGUUUUUCCAUUGCAAUUUGCUGCACACCAGUACCGGGAACGACAGUGACCUGAGACGUUGGGCCUUCUUGUGCUCCUAUAACAAGGCUUCAAAUGACCCUGUCAUCAAACAUCAUCACCCGCAGUAUACUAGAAUUAAAAAGGUAUCGAAUUCUGCCAUACGAGAAUGUACCAACUUCACCGACAUGACAGGAAAAGAUUUCAUGGAUCCAACAAAGGACGCCACUAUUCGAGUGGAGAAGUCAACCAACAAUCAACAAAUAAAAUGAAUUGACAAAUCGAUCGAAAAUGCUUAAGUCCCUUAAAUAGCUUAGAACGACGACAUUCCAUCUGAAAUACAUGUUGUUCAGACUCACAUUUCAGAAAUAAAUUAAAAUUGUUCGUUGCAAACGCGAUGCAAUCAGAUGGAAAUUUCACAACAAAACAAUAAACAUGUGCAUCCAUAAACAGAAAGCUGAUACUAUUAGUAAUAAAGAACUGAUUCAUGUCAUUAUCUGUGUUUUGAUAUGCACAUAUCGGUGACGUAAACAGUAACAUGUGGCUCAGUAAUUGAUACCUAUUGCAUGAACUAAAGUCAAUUAUCUUUAUUUUAUUGCCUCGCAUCAACCCUUUGGAUGCAUGUAGCCGCAGGUUGAUUAACCUUUUGGUAUUGCAAGUUGCAUGUCCGACAACAAGAGCAGAAUAUUGUGAUUAUGAUACGUAUCCAAAUCUCUUUUUAGAAAAAACAAAAUGUUUUUUAAGGUUGGAUUAAUUUUAAAACUAGAAAUUUCCUGCUGACAAACAUAAAAACGUGGGUGUUUUAAAUUCGUGUAAGAAGACCUGGAAAACAAUAAUGACCUAUUUUGAGUGUGUGACUAAUCAAUAUUUACCGAUCACUAAUUGGAUUUGUGUUGUCCCCCUCCACUAUGAAAUGUUUCGUUAUUAUCCAGCCCAUUAUUGGUUUUCCUUUUUUCUUAAUCCUAAAUCAUUUUUCUGUCAUCAUACAGACUUCACACAACCUACAAGCGCUUGUGACAAUUAGAAUGAUCUCAUGGGAAAUUCUCCAAGCCAAAAAGGCAGUAGGGAGAAGCUGAUAUGUCUUCUUAGUAAGUGUCCCUUCGCGGCAAAGUAAUGUUAAUGAUUGUUCCUUUACAAUUGAAAUAUGACGGCAACGGAUUUUACCAUUAUCAAUCUGUCAUCUAUUGUUACACUAGAUAAGCUAUAACAAUAGCUAUAAAAGGAGUAUAAUAACAUGAUUAUCUUUAUCACAAAUAAAUUCGCGUGUUUUAUCAUAGAUUUAUCAAUAGAUAACAACAGAAAAAAGUAGAAAUCUGUCCAGUUCUCUUUCUCUUUCUGUCUAAAAUUGACAGGUUUCAAGGUAUUUGUCUUGAGCAACAUAACCGACAUGUUUUAUAUGUCAAAACACAUUGUUUUUGAUGCUAUAUUUAGAACGGCUUAUAUAGGGAUUAUUUCAGGGCAGUGAAUUUAUGCACAUUCACCUUUCGGAUGUCCUUACGACUGGCAACAGGGUUUUUUAGUAUGGCUGUUAUUAUUUCUGAAAAGGAAACCAGUUAGGUGAGAUCAGUCAGGAGAAGUUACUCAUUUGUGAUAAUGAAAAUCAUCGACUGUAAUUGCAAAUAAGAAACACUAAAGGAGAAUUAUUUGGCGUUUUGUCGCCCGGCCAGGGGGACGGGAAUCCUUA